AUGGACGGCGCCACCGGCUCGCUGCUGUACAUGUGUCAGGCAGAGCAGCCUAUCACAAGUAUCACGCUGACGGAUGAGUUCCUGGUGACAUCCCACAUCGGCAACACCCUGAACUUUUGGGAGCUGCAGCCGGAGGCCUUGGCACGGGUGAACUCCGCCGACGUUGCCAGCUUCGCGUCUGGCGCGGCGUCCGCGCCACAGAUGGCCCUGUCCACUGGCAUGUUCCACCUGAAGAAGGUGGUGGAUCUGGAAAGUGUCAGCCAGACCCAGCGUCUGGCAAACCGCUUGCUGGGUCAGGUGGCUUCUGUACAAGCAGCUCCCAACUUCAAAGAAGUGGUGCUAACAACUGCUGAGGGCGAAGUCUGGACCAUGCAGCUGCCUUCCCAGCAAAACAGCGAGCCGGAUGAGUUCGAAAUGGAGGACGACAUGUACGUACGCGCCGAUCAGCUGCAAAUGGAGCUGCUGACUUGGUUUCCGGCCAACACGGUGACGUGCUUGUGCCCCAUUGGCACCGGGCUCCAGGUCUGCGCUAGUGCGGACGAGGGCGGCCGGCUGCGGCUGUGGCAGGUGAUCCGCGGCGACGAUCCCAAGGGUUUCCGGCUGCUGCGCUUUGCCUCGGCCGUGACCAGCCUCACCGCGGAGUCCAGAGGGAAGUUCCUCCUGGCGGGAACGGAUUCCGGGUGCAUCCAUGCGGUGGCCGCAGACCCAUGGACGGAAGCGCAGGUGAUCGACACCCAGCGCAUCAGCGAAGUGGGCAUUGCCAAGCUCUGCAGCACGCUCUCCGAGGAUGGCCUGGCGCUGAAGGUGGCGGCGCUGCUCUUCGAUGGGAGGAUAGCAAUGGCGUCCUUCUCAUUGAGGGAGCCAAAAGUCCGAAUGCUGGGGCUCGUGGAGAACAUUGGCCUGGUGGAAGACAUUUGCUUCCACGAGCAGGAGAAGGCGGAAGAUCUGAACAUGCCGGCGAAGCUCUUGGCGGUGGGCAGCCAGACGGCAGAUGUGGCAUGCAUGUGGUCUAUCAGAUCGCCAACCGAAGGCUAUGAGCCGCGAGAGUUGACCAUUCCAAGAGAGGCCACAGGCUUCUGGACCGUGAAGCUGAGCUCGGACACCAUGGAGGGCAGACCCACGGCGAUUUGCUCCAUCUCCCGGAAUCAAGCGGUGGUGGGAUUCGCGAGCGGCGCAGUCCGAAUCUACUCCACGCCGACUCAUGUUGGCCUCAUGGUGAAGCCCAACGCCGCGAACCCUGUGAAAAGUCUUCUGGAGCCUGAUACGCACCACCUCAUCACCAGCUUGCAGAUGAACCUCAGCGCCACGACACUGCUGGUGGGAUGCAUGGAUGGAGCAGUUCUGAAGUUCGGUCUUCCUACGGGCGAUCAGCAGCUGUGCAAGACCCUCCAUAGCCCUUACAAUGGCGGAACGGCGCAGGUGGUGUGCAGCCGUGAUGGCACAGUGGCUAUGAGCACUGGCGGUGCAGACGGCAUUCUGGUGUGGAGCGACGCUGGGUCCGACAUCAAGCUGAUUCCAGACGACUCCGCACUGAAGGCGGAAGAGGAUGAUGCCUUCGGUGAAGAGCUGCCUGGAGAGUUUGCAUUUGAGUUGGACGACACCGACGUGAAUGCAUUUCCAGCCUGGGUGGCAGUUGGCGGAGAUGCUGGGAAAGGAGAGGACGAGGAAGUGGAGCUUUCUGAAGAGGCCGCCACGAAGAGGAAGCUCAUGUCCCAUGAGAUUGAAGCCUUGCGGAAAAAGCUCCGGAUUCUCAUCGACCACAACAGCAACGCGCCUGACCUUGAGAAGCUGGAAAGAGGGGAGUUUUGCGUGGACUUUGAGGAACGCUAUGCCAUCGCUUCCACGACCAAGGAGCGAUGUGAUGCCCUGCGCGCUGAGAUCGAGCACCAGAAUGUGGCCAGGCAGCUGAUUCGCGACAGGCUCAUCAAGGAGUUCUGGGAUCCUAUGCGUGGCAAGGGCUGCCAGAUCACGUCUCUCACCUCCGGCUUGGCGGUCUCCAACUACCCCGAGCGCACGGUGAGCGAGGACGAGAACACCGUGAUCAAGAAGCUUCGAAUGCUGCGCAAGACUGAGCAGCUUGAGUAUCAAAUGUGCAAAGGAUCGUCCUGCCCUUCGGAGCUUCGGAACGACAUGGUGCUGGAUGUGGACAGCUUCACAACAGGCGAGGAGCGGUACAUCGUGAACUGGUGGCCCGGCGCCCACACCAAAGCCGCGGAGGCGCGCAGCCGGCAGCUGGACGCGGAGGCCAAGCAAGCGGCGCGCUGCAGAGGAAGCACAAAAGCAGAAGGAAAAGGAGAAAGCGGCGAAGGAUGCCAAGGAUGCGAAAGAGAAGGGAGAGGAUGCAGGUAUCAAGACGACCGAGGAGACAGGGCAAGGCACCAGUGCAGACUCGAUCGUGGCAGAAGAGCAAAAGUACCUGUACGAGCCCUUUGA